AGUGAUUUGCGCCCUGGUGCUCGGUCUGUUCGGCGUGUUUCGCUGCCUGCGUGCGACGACUACCACGCGAGCAACCACCGAAGCGCUGACGCUGCCGAUCCAGUUUAUCGCCGACGAUCUUGCUCCUCUAAACGCCAACUUGAACCACCUGCCGGUACCCAUGCUAUCGGUACAGUCACCGGGCUGCGCGGGGAUGGAGCGGCUCGGCGUUCCUGCCCGCGGUUCCAUCGGAUCACCACCAAUAAGGAAUGAACGGGCGGGCUUCCAUCACCAACAGCAGGCACAGCAGCAGCAGUCACAGCAGCAGCAGCAUCAGCAACAGCAGCAUCCCCAGCAACAUCAACCAUCGAACCAGCAGAACCACCACCGCCAUCACCAUCACCAGUAUCACCAGCAGACGUCACCGACGGAUCAGCACCUAAGGUUUAGCAGCGACCUGAUACUGAGCAGCAGCACCAGUAGCAACUUUCGGAGCAACCACAAUCAAUCCUAUCUACUCAUUCCGCAUCAACCGAACGCACUAGGUGGUAGUGGGGGCGGUGGUGGUAGCAGUGGCAGUAAUAGCAUCAACUACAAAACCCACUACAGCAAUAGUUCGUACGGUGGCAGCAGCAUCGGUAGCACCGGUACCACUAAUCCCAUCACCACCAACUUCCCGCACUGCACCUACCAUGUGCCGCUGCCGGACGGAGAAUAUGGACCGGAUCGAGAUCUGCAAAUAAGGACACCGUGCCAGCAAUCGGAAAUACCUCGAACGUACGUAAAAGCCCCACCGAAUAAGACCGUGCGUGAUGUUCCCGUGCAGUAUCAGUCCACGGGUGGGAUCACCACGCACGGUACCACCAUGACCGCCGGUAUCGGCACCGGUACCGGCCACGUCAACUCGAUGGUCGACCUGGCCAGCUAUUACGGUGGUGCGAAGACAAUCGGACGACCGGUCGACGGUGGUCGACUGGCGGCGACCGCACCCGGUCCCAGCUUAGGUGGGAGCGGCACCUGCCAGCAGAAAUCGGUGGACAAACUUCAGAAGAUUUUCCGGUUUUUGCCAGGUAAAGCAACUAAAUCUUCUACCCCAUCGUCAUCGGCGUCAUCGUCGUCGUCGUCGUCCUCUUCUUCUUCCUCCACCUCCUCCUCAUCCAGUAGCAGUAAAGGUACUAGUAAUACAAAUAAUAACAAUCAUCAAGGGACGAACGCGAGCUUCGGUGGUUUGCAACCGCCGGCCCAUCCGGGCAGCCACAGCAGCAGCACCGGCAGUCUCAACAACAACAGCGGCAGCACCAUCGCCGGGGGCGGUGGAAUCAUCGCCAGUGGUAGCGUCAUAAGUAGCAUAAGCGGAUCCUAUGGACCUAAUAGCGUUAGUAGCAGCAUUGGUUGUAGCAAUCACGUCAACAACAAUCGCGUCGGGUGCGGUAGCGCUGCCGGCAACAUUCGAGUUGAUGGUCGCGGUGGCUUAAGUUUAGCAACGGCCGGUGCCGGUAUACACAAUCACAACCAACACUAUCGAUCUCCACCGGUGGCUGUAAGUUCCUUAGGCUCGCCGUCCGCAGCCACGCUCUCAUCACCAACGUCCUCCUCCUCUUCUUCCUCCUCCUCCUCACCGGCGCCGUUGGCGUCUACCGUUGUGCGACAAUCCGGUGUCGACGUGAUCGUGCCCGGUUCAUCAUCUACCGGUCCGAUCGUUUCGGGAUCGAGUUCCGAUCCGGGACAUGCACCCUUCACGAUGUGA